GAGAAACACACCAGCCUGGCUUCUUGCCUGCAGCCUCAGGAGGCAGCGUGGGCAGGCGGGGAGGCAGCACCUCUGAGCAGCAGCUGGCCCUGGGGAUCGGCGGGUGCUGGAGCAUCGCUGCGGCAGAGGCAGCAGGAUGACGCUGUGGAAUGGCUCCUUCCCCUUCUACCCUGGCACCAAUGCUUGCUUCCCCUUUAACACUACCUCGGCCGUCAUCGCCUCUGUCUUCCUCUCUGCGCUGGCCACUUCCAUCAUCAUCCUGCCGGGCAUCCGAGGAAAGGGGCGACUCUUCUGGCUGCUGCGGGUGAUGAUGGGACUCUUCAUCGGAGCGGUGGUCCUCACCAUACAGUUCACCAGGGACUGGGAGAGCGGCUGGGUGACAGCAAACACCUCCUACAAGUCCUUCAGCAGUGCUGUGGUGAAGGUGGACAUCGGGCUGCACAUCGGCCUGGCGGGGGUGAACGUCACGCUGGUGGGAAACCCGGUGAAUCAGGUCAACGAGACCAUCAACUACAAUGAGCACUUUGCCUGGAGCUUCGAUGCAGACUAUGACCACAGCUACAGUGAAGGCCUGGAGAAGGGGCUGCCCAGCCCCAUCCUCUACGUGGCGGAGAAGUUCACCACAGAAAGCCCCUGCAACGUGCACAGGCAGUACCGCAUCUCCGGCCACUAUGCAUCCAUCACGCUGUGGAUGGCCUUAUGCACCUGGCUCAUUUCCAUCCUGCUCUUCUCCAUGCCCAUCCUCCUUUAUGGUGGCUACAUGCUCCUGCUCACUGCUGCACUGAUGCUCUUCUCGCUGCUCUUCUUCGUCACUGCGAGGAACACCCCAAAGUGUCCCAUCCAGUUCGGACCAUCCUCCCUGAAAACAGACUACGGUGGAUCCUUUUGGCUGACAUUAGCAACAGGGCUGCUGUGCCUGCUGCUGGGGCUGGGCGUGAUCAUCCUCAACUCCAUGCGGCCACAGAAGCUGAAGCUUGUCUUUAACCUGGAUGAGGGAAAGGGAGAAAAAGCGGAGGGGUGGGAUAAGCCCCACCUGCCAGACGAGUCCAGCUCCUCUGAGCAGGACGUGCUGAUGGUCCCCCUAAAUGAGCUUUGCGAGGUGACGACCACCCAGCUGUAAGGCACAGCUGUGGGGGGUUGGGGGCAGGAGAAGACGGAGGACACCAUCCCCCCCGAAUACAUGGUCAGGUGCAACCCCCCCAGGAGCCCAGGUGAGAAGAUACACAUCAAGAACUGACUGAAAAAAAUAUCCAAAUCUGGAAAGAUUCAUCAAAAACAACAGUUG